AUGGCUGAUGCGUUAGCUGUCAUCUACUGGCACGCCAAGGUCGACGCCAACGAUGUUGAGUUCGUUCUUGCACCUGCUGGCACACAUCCAGCGUCAGCAGCUUGGUCUUCGGGUGUACUGGGUGAGCAUACAAUGUGGGUUCUUGAUUUCGAUUGCUGUGGUGUCAUGACUCAGGAUGAAGAGGGUGUGGAGAAGGCGGCGAGGGCGUUCUACAGGAAUGAUCCUUAUUUCCCACGACCAGUGGGGGAGGACGAUGAAGUGGGGAGGGCGCUGUGGGAGCUCUUCAAGCAUAUGUUUUCUUGA